GACCAAGAGGAUUGGUCUGCUCUAUCGCAAUGCGUGACUGAUGCUCUAGCUUUCGAAGGCGUAAGACUAUUUCUCGCGACGUGCUCAAAAUUUUGAUGAUACUUGAUUAUUUUGCCAAUUCAGUCGUGCGGUGGUGAUUUAGUGAAAUUUUUCGUCUAUCGGUUUAGGUGUUUGAUAGUCUUGGCGUUUUGAAUUACUUUAUUUAUGAAUCGGUAGACGGAAAAAAAGUGACAUGAAUCUGCAACUCGUCAUGCUUCUGACUGUCCUAGGAGUCUUUGGAGAACUGUCGGCUCAAUCUGCGACCACUGCAGAAUCUACGACAUCUCUAACAGAUUCCACUGAGCUAUCGACUUCUGCAACGGGGAAUGGAGCAACAAAUGAAUCGGAUUCAACUAUUACAACGACUGUACAGGGAUUUGAGGCACCUACUACUUCAACAACCACAACAACCACUGAAACGGGUACAAGCGAAUCGGCAACAACUAUAACAGCCAGUGUCCAAACAGAAUCAGCUGAAUCACCGACAACUACAUCAGUGAGCGAAACAACUACUGAUUUUACAACAACUGAAACGGGUUCAACUGUUUUAUCAACAACUCCAUCCACGAGUGAAACAACCACUGAAACGGGUACAAGCGAAUCGGCAACAACUAUAACAGGCAGUGUCCAAACAGAAUCAGCUGAAUCACCGACAACUACAUCAGUGAGCGAAACAACUACUGAUUUUACAACGACUGAAACGGGUUCAACUGUUUUAUCAACAACUCCAUCAACGAGUGAAACAACCACUGAAACGGGUACAAGCGAAUCGGCAACAACUAUAACAGGCAGUGUCCAAACAGAAUCAGCUGAAUCACCGACAACUACAUCAGUGAGCGAAACAACUACUGAUUUUACAACAACUGAAACGGGUUCAACUGUUUUAUCAACAACUCCAUCCACGAGUGAAACAACCACUGAAACGGGUACAAGCGAAUCGGCAACAACUAUAACAGGCAGUGUCCAAACAGAAUCAGCUGAAUCACCGACAACUACAUCAGUGAGCGAAACAACUACUGAUUUUACAACGACUGAAACGGGUUCAACUGUUUUAUCAACAACUCCAUCAACGAGUGAAACAACCACUGAAACGGGUACAAGUGAAUCGGCAACAACUAUAACAGGCAGUGUCCAAACAGAAUCAGCUGAAUCACCGACAACUACAUCAGUGAGCGAAACAACUACUGAUUUUACAACAACUGAAACGGGUUCAACUGUUUUAUCAACAACUCCAUCAACGAGUGAAACAACCACUGAAACGGGUACUAGCGAAUCGGCAACAACUAUAACAGCCAGUGUCCAAACAGAAUCAGCUGAAUCACCGACAACUACAUCAGUGAGCGAAACAACUACUGAUUUUACAACAACUGAAACGGGUUCAACUGUUUUAUCAACAACUCCAUCAACGAGUGAAACAACCACUGAAACGGGUACAAGCGAAUCGGCAACAACUAUAACAGCCAGUGUCCAAACAGAAUCAGCUGAAUCACCGACAACUACAUCAGUGAGCGAAACAACUACUGAUUUUAGAACAACUGAAACGGGUUCAACUGUUUUAUCAACAACUCCAUCAAUGAGUGAAACAACCACUGAAACGGGUACAAGCGAAUCGGCAACAACUAUAACAGGCAGUGUCCAAACAGAAUCAGCUGAAUCACCGACAACUACAUCAGUGAGCGAAACAACUACUGAUUUUACAACGACUGAAACGGGUUCAACUGUUUUAUCAACAACUCCAUCAACGAGUGAAACAACCACUGAAACGGGUACAAGUGAAUCGGCAACAACUAUAACAGGCAGUGUCCAAACAGAAUCAGCUGAAUCACCGACAACUACAUCAGUGAGCGAAACAACUACUGAUUUUACAACAACUGAAACGGGUUCAACUGUUUUAUCAACAACUCCAUCAACGAGUGAAACAACCACUGAAACGGGUACUAGCGAAUCGGCAACAACUAUAACAGCCAGUGUCCAAACAGAAUCAGCUGAAUCACCGACAACUACAUCAGUGAGCGAAACAACUACUGAUUUUACAACAACUGAAACGGGUUCAACUGUUUUAUCAACAACUCCAUCAACGAGUGAAACAACCACUGAAACGGGUACUAGCGAAUCGGCAACAACUAUAACAGGCAGUGUCCAAACAGAAUCAGCUGAAUCACCGACAACUACAUCAGUGAGCGAAACAACUACUGAUUUUACAACAACUGAAACGGGUUCAACUGUUUUAUCAACAACUCCAUCAACGAGUGAAACAACCACUGAAACGGGUACUAGCGAAUCGGCAACAACUAUAACAGGCAGUGUCCAAACAGAAUCAGCUGAAUCACCGACAACUACAUCCGUGAGCGAAACAACUACUGAUUUUACAACAACUGAAACGGGUUCAACUGUUUUAUCAACAACUCCAUCAACGAGUGAAACAACCACUGAAACGGGUACUAGCGAAUCGGCAACAACUAUAACAGCCAGUGUCCAAACAGAAUCAGCUGAAUCACCGACAACUACAUCAGUGAGCGAAACAACUACUGAUUUUACAACAACUGAAACGGGUUCAACUGUUUUAUCAACAACUCCAUCAACGAGUGAAACAACCACUGAAACGGGUACUAGCGAAUCGGCAACAACUAUAACAGCCAGUGUCCAAACAGAAUCAGCUGAAUCACCGACAACUACAUCAGUGAGCGAAACAACUACUGAUUUUACAACAACUGAAACGGGUUCAACUGUUUUAUCAACAACUCCAUCAACGAGUGAAACAACCACUGAAACGGGUACUAGCGAAUCGGCAACAACUAUAACAGGCAGUGUCCAAACAGAAUCAGCUGAAUCACCGACAACUACAUCAGUGAGCGAAACAACUACUGAUUUUACAACAACUGAAACGGGUUCAACUGUUUUAUCAACAACUCCAUCAACGAGUGAAACAACCACUGAAACGGGUACAAGCGAAUCGGCAACAACUAUAACAGCCAGUGUCCAAACAGAAUCAGCUGAAUCACCGACAACUACAUCAGUGAGCGAAACAACUACUGAUUUUACAACAACUGAAACGGGUUCAACUGUUUUAUCAACAACUCCAUCAACGAGUGAAACUACCACUGAAACGGGUACAAGUGAAUCGGCAACAACUAUAACAGGCAGUGUCCAAACAGAAUCAGCUGAAUCACCGACAACUACAUCCGUGAGCGAAACAACUACUGAUUUUACAACAACUGAAACGGGUUCAACUGUUUUAUCAACAACUCCAUCAACGAGUGAAACAACCACUGAAACGGGUACAAGCGAAUCGGCAACAACUAUAACAGCCAGUGUCCAAACAGAAUCAGCUGAAUCACCGACAACUACAUCAGUGAGCGAAACAACUACUGAUUUUACAACAACUGAAACGGGUUCAACUGUUUUAUCAACAACUCCAUCAACGAGUGAAACAACCACUGAAACGGGUACAAGUGAAUCGGCAACAACUAUAACAGGCAGUGUCCAAACAGAAUCAGCUGAAUCACCGACAACUACAUCCGUGAGCGAAACAACUACUGAUUUUACAACAACUGAAACGGGUUCAACUGUUUUAUCAACAACUCCAUCAACGAGUGAAACAACCACUGAAACGGGUACUAGCGAAUCGGCAACAACUAUAACAGGCAGUGUCCAAACAGAAUCAGCUGAAUCACCGACAACUACAUCCGUGAGCGAAACAACUACUGAUUUUACAACAACUGAAACGGGUUCAACUGUUUCAUCAACAACUCCAUCAACGAGUGAAACAACCACUGAAACGGGUACAAGCGAAUCGGCAACAACUAUAACAGCCAGUGUCCAAACAGAAUCAGCUGAAUCACCGACAACUACAUCAGUGAGCGAAACAACUACUGAUUUUACAACAACUGAAACGGGUUCAACUGUUUUAUCAACAACUCCAUCAACGAGUGAAACAACCACUGAAACGGGUACAAGCGAAUCGGCAACAACUAUAACAGCCAGUGUCCAAACAGAAUCAGCUGAAUCACCGACAACUACAUCAGUGAGCGAAACAACUACUGUUUCUACGACAACUGAAGUGGGAACAACUAUUUUACCGACAACUGUAUUAGAGGUUGAAACAACGACUGAUUCGAUCACGACUGAAACGUAUACAUCUAUUUUGUCAACGACAAUAGCAGAGGAUGAAACAACUAUAGAGUUAACAACAACCGAAGUAACGUCUACCGAAUCAAUGACAACUGCAGUAGAAUAUAAAACGACUACUGAUUCAACGACUAGUGUAACACAAUCUGCCGAUACGGCAACGACGAUAAGUGCGCAAGGCACAACAAAUUCGGCAGCAAUAAUUCUGUCUGAUUUCGAUUGGGUUGUCACAGAUUCGUCGACGAAUGAAACCUGCAUCUUGGCGAGUAUGGACAUCACUUUGACGGUCACCUAUACGACUACUGACGGAGAGACUUCAUCUGGUAUCAUGAUGAUUCCAACGACAGCAACGGCUUCUGGUAGCUGUAACGAAUCUGAUCAAUACCUGACGUUAACCUGGUCAGAGACAACGGCGGGCAGUAUAACACUCUGGUUCACAAAUGACGGGACGGCGUCAACGGUGGACAGCAUCGAGGCCGUGGUUUAUCUAAACGAUACGACGUUCCCCAGCGCUGAAGAAAGCGCGGUAACUGCCGAAGGAAACUCCGGGCUGAGCCUCUUCCGAACAACCUUGGGAGUUGGAAAAUACGUCUGCAGUACUCCCCAGACGGCGGAAUUGAGCUCCGAAAUAAUCGCGACGUUCAGUAACGUAAAAUUAAUUGCUUUCAACACAGAUACCGACGUGUCCGGCCGAACAGAGGAGAACUGCCUCGUCUCAGCAGGUGUGAACGUGGGCGUCAUCGUUGGCGGUGGAAUUGGGGCUGGCAUAGCAAUCGUAAUUCUCGGCGUUGGCAUAUGGUAUUCGCAAAGAGAGGUCAUACCCCGUUCAGAUUUGCCCUGAACUCGAGUAAAUGAGGGAAGAUUAUUCCCGCACGGAUCGCGCCUGCAAAAGACUAGGAAAACGACGGCGUACCCGAAUCGAAAGGCUGAAAACUUUCGAUACAACCAGUUUUCGCGAUCGUCGCAGGCCAGCCCAAGAUUCGUGGAGAGGGCCAGGAGAGACGAAUUUGCCCUUGUAAAUACUUUACUGCCAAUUUUGUAAAUAUUUCAUCAUUCAUGGAGCGCGAUUAAUGAGUAAUGCUUUUUUACCGACUCAUCGGCUGGAGUCGGUAUUCAAACUUUGUUAUAUUAACUACGCUGCGAUGUACAUACGAGAAGGAGUAAGACAUCACCAUAUUUAGUAAUAAUAACUGCAAUUUGUAACAAGUAUGUAGUUAUAUACGUACGUGUGUAAACUAGCUUUAACGUGAAUACCUGUAUUUAAUUUCUUUUCUACUUUUCUAAAUAGUUUUUAUGAAACGAAGAAAGAAUUAUACGCAGUGAUUUGUA